GGUGCUCAGGCAGCCGUCCGCUCCGCCCGAAGCGCGGAGGAGCCGAGCCCGGGCCCGCCGCCCUCCUCCUCCAUGAGGCCCGAGUGAGGCGCAGCGGCGAGAGCCGGCCCGCGGCGCCUCCCCCUGCGUCCUGCCCCGGAGCGCAGCGGCCGCGGCCCCCGGAGGUGGAGGAGGAGGAGGAGGAGCAUGUCGGACGGUUUCGAUCGGGCCCCAGGUGCUGGUCGGGGCCGGAGCCGGGGCCUGGGCCGCGGAGGGGGCGGGCCUGAGGGCGGCGGUUUCCCGAACGGAGCGGGGCCUGCUGAGCGGCCGCGGCAGCAGCAGCCGCCGCCGCCGCCGCCGCAGCCCAAAGCCCCGGGCUUCCAGCAGCCGCCGCCGCUGCGCCAGCCCAGGACGGCCCCGCCGCCAGGGGCCCAGUGCGAGGCCCUCGCCGGCUCCCAGCGGCCUCCCCGGCCCGGGGCGCUCCCAGAACAAACGAGGCCCCUGAGAGCUCCACCUACUUCACAGGAUAAAAUCCCACAGCAGAACUCGGAGUCAGCAAUGGCUAAACCCCAGGUGGUUGUAGCUCCUGUAUUAAUGUCUAAGCUGUCGGCAAAUGCCCCUGAAUUUUACCCAUCAGGUUAUUCUAAUUAUACAGAAUCCUAUGAAGAUGGUUGUGAGGAUUAUCCCACUCUAUCAGAGUAUGUUCAGGAUUUUUUGAAUCAUCUCACCGAACAGCCUGGCAGUUUCGAAACUGAAAUUGAACAGUUUGCAGAGACCCUGAAUGGUUGGGUUACAACAGAUGAUGCUUUGCAAGAACUUGUGGAACUUAUCUAUCAACAGGCUACGUCUAUCCCAAAUUUCUCUUACAUGGGAGCUCGCCUGUGUAAUUACUUGUCCCAUCAUCUGACGAUUAGCCCACAGAGUGGCAACUUUCGUCAAUUGCUACUUCAAAGGUGUCGGACUGAAUAUGAAGUUAAAGAUCAAGCUGCAAAAGGUGAUGAAGUGACUCGAAAACGAUUUCAUGCAUUUGUACUCUUCCUGGGAGAACUUUACCUUAACCUGGAGAUCAAGGGAACAAAUGGACAGGUUAUGAGAGCAGAUAUUCUUCAGGUUGGUCUUCGCGAGUUGCUCAAUGCCCUCUUUUCUAAUCCUGUGGAUGACAACUUAAUUUGUGCUGUAAAAUUACUGAAGUUGACGGGGUCAGUUUUGGAAGAUGCCUGGAAAGAAAAAGGAAAGACUGAUAUGGAAGAAAUUAUUCAGAGAAUUGAAAAUGUUGUCCUAGAUGCUAACUGCAGCAGAGAUGUAAAGCAGAUGCUCUUGAAGCUUGUAGAACUCCGGUCAAGCAACUGGGGUAGAGUCCAUGCAACUUCUACGUACAGAGAAGCAACACCUGAGAACGAUCCGAACUACUUUAUGAAUGAACCAACAUUUUAUACAUCUGAUGGUGUUCCUUUCACUGCAGCUGAUCCAGAUUACCAAGAGAAAUAUCAAGAAUUACUUGAAAGAGAAGAUUUUUUCCCAGAUUAUGAAGAAAAUGGAACAGAUUUAUCCGGGGCUGGUGAUCCAUACUUGGAUGAUAUUGAUGAUGAGAUGGACCCAGAGAUAGAAGAAGCUUAUGAAAAGUUUUGUUUGGAAUCAGAGCGUAAGAGAAAGCAAUAAAGUUAAAUUUCAGCGUAUCAGUUUUAUAAAACAGUUUAGGUAUGGUGAUUUAGCAGAACACAGGAAACCAAGAAAAUGUGUCACUCUUAUACCAAAUUAAGGAUGUUGAGUUACGUUACUAAUGUAUGCAACUUUAAUUUUGUUUAACACUAUCUGCCAAAAUAAACUUUAUUCCCUAUAACUUAAAA